GCGAGUUGUUGUUGUUGAAGUCGUUGCAAGUCUCCAACGCGAGGGUUUAUUAGCGGCGUCGGGUUGCGACACAUGUAAAUAAGUUGGAUGACUGGACUAGCCGCGGUUAGCUGCUCGCAGUGGUCAGAUGUUCUGCUGUGAAAGGUGCAGGUGACGUGCGAGCUUUCUCCUGACACCGCUUCGUCUGCUUCCUGGUAGGUGGACAGUCCGCUGCCUGGUUGCUCGUGGUAACGCUCCGCCAUGCCUUUCCCGUUCGGCAAGUCCCACAAGUCGCCGGCGGACAUCGUCAAGAAUCUCAAGGACAGCAUGGCAGUGCUUGAGAAGCAUGACAUCUCUGAUAAAAAGGCAGAGAAGGCUUCAGAGGAGGUGUCGAAGAGCUUGGUGGCCAUGAAGGAGAUCCUAUAUGGGACUAAUGAAAAAGAGCCCCAGACGGAAGCAGUGGCCCAGCUUGCACAGGAGCUCUACAACAGCGGCUUACUCAGCACCCUCAUAGCAGACCUGCAGCUCAUCGACUUUGAGGGUAAAAAAGACGUGGCUCAGAUCUUCAACAACAUCCUGAGGCGUCAGAUUGGGACUCGAACACCCACGGUAGAGUACCUUUGCACCCAGCAGAACAUCCUCUUCAUGUUGCUUAAAGGGUAUGAGUCUCCAGAGAUUGCCCUAAACUGUGGUAUCAUGCUGAGAGAAUGCAUCAGACAUGAACCGCUGGCUAAAAUCACACUGUGGUCCGAACAGUUCUAUGACUUCUUCAGAUACGUGGAGAUGUCCACGUUCGACAUCGCCUCAGACGCGUUUGCCACUUUCAAAGACCUCCUCACGAGACACAAGCUUCUGAGUGCAGAGUUUCUGGAGCAACAUUAUGACAGAUUCUUUAGUGAAUACGAGAAGUUACUCCACUCAGAAAACUAUGUGACUAAGCGGCAGUCCCUGAAGUUAUUGGGAGAGUUGCUUCUUGACCGGCACAAUUUCACCAUAAUGACGAAAUACAUCAGCAAGCCUGAGAAUCUCAAACUAAUGAUGAAUCUGCUACGGGACAAGAGCCGCAACAUCCAGUUUGAGGCUUUUCAUGUUUUUAAGGUGUUUGUGGCCAACCCCAACAAGACACAACCCAUCCUGGACAUCCUGCUGAAGAACCAGACCAAACUCAUCGAGUUCCUCAGCAAGUUCCAGAACGACAGAACAGAAGACGAACAAUUCAACGACGAAAAGACUUACCUGGUCAAACAGAUCAGGGACCUCAAGAGGCCAGCACCCCAAGAGGCCUGAGACAGAGAGCAGAGGUGCAGGGAGCAGCCGCCAGGGCAAUGUCUGGACAGCACCCAGACAACGUCUGCUUAACGGACCCAUCAGCAGCCGCUGUCCUGGUUUCUGAACAAAAAUUGAGGAAACAAAUGAAAAAACAAACAUACCCACGUCAGCUCAUCAGGAAGUCGCCAGCUCCUCUGCUCCUCAGAACAUUUGAUAUUUUCUUGUUUUUGUUUUUUUUUUUCAGUCUUUUUCCUUCAAAAGAAAUGAGAGAAAAUAAUAAUUGCUGCUGCUUUCUUGCACAUUGAGACAUUUAUGGUAUAUUAUAAUGACACAACAGUCCAUCAAACAUAGUGACAGAAAAUGUCUGUGCAUUUAAAGUAAGGCAGACUUCCUGAUAGACACUCGCACACACACACACACACACACACACACACACACACACACACACACACACAAAGCAACAGAGGUAGACACGUUUACACACGUAUUACAUAACAGCCAUGCGCACACACAUUAGAAUGUCAGCUAAAACCAUGUGAUGGAAACGGUACGAACAAGUUGAACAUUGGUGUGUUUGCUGCAUGCCUUGAAAUGUGACAGAUCCAUGGCUGCACCCAAGCGUGGGCAUUGUGAUGGCCUGGCCAGUCUGGCACCCACGUCCAGUGCCACAGACUCGGAAAAAUUCAUGCGCGUCACGGCAACCUGCUACAGUUCACAACUAUGCCUUCAUCCGACAACAGUGGUUCAUUUUACCGGGGACAAACUCUCAGAUGCCAUCAUGCAGCACUGUUUACCUCCUGCGUGCUCCGUCGUGGCGCACGAACGAACGAAGGAGGGAGGGAUGCAAGGUUUGAAUUUGGAAAAGCCGGAGAAUUGGGUCGUGUUAUUGUUUUCUGGGACAGGGUGAACAUGUACAUAUGCCUUUUUUUUUCUUUUUUUUUUUUGCUUUGUAGGUUUUUGUUUAACCUUGACAUAUGAAUAUAUAUUAUAUAUAUUA